UAUACUUACUUAAUCGAAUUAUAGUGGUUUUUCAAAAAUAAACAUUUUAAACGUAAAAAAAUUAUAAAUAAAAAAUAUUUUUAUUCAUGAUGUAGAACACAAAUAACUGAACGUAUUUAACUAAUGUCGAUUAUCAUUAAAGAUGGUCUUCGGAAUCUGAGUUCUGACUGAUGACACCCGAAAAUCGAAAUCCGAAUUAUAUUACAUACCUAUGUCUAACUUGUAAUUUGAAUUUGGAAAAUAAAAACAAAUCAAGUUAGAACAAUGAUCAGCAUAAGACAAGCAAUAAGAUGUAUGAAAGAAAUGACUCCCAAUAUCCGGGCCAUGUCAAGUCAAAGCCUUGUAAACCUGAGUGUGGAUAAAGACAAUGAUGAAAUUGCUAUUGUUACAAUGCAAAGACCUCCAGUAAAUAGCUUGAGCCUAGAAUUACUUCAAGCAAUUAGUAAGACACUUGAUGAGAUAGCAAAAAGUGACUUUAGAGCUAUGGUUUUGACUUCUGCUUCACCAACAGUAUUUUCAGCAGGCAUAGACAUAAUGGAGAUGUAUAAACCAGAUUUAAAGAGAGCUGAACAAUUUUGGACAACUUUACAAGAUGUUUGGCUAAAGUUAUUUGAAUCUAAAUUUAUAACUGCAGCAGCAGUCAAUGGACAUUCUCCUGCAGGCGGGUGUUUACUAGCGAUGGCAUGUGAAUAUCGGGCUAUGGUGUCAGGUAAAUACACCAUAGGUUUGAACGAAACUGCUCUAGGCAUUAUCGCUCCGAGAUGGUUUAUGGACUGUAUGGUGAAUACUAUUCCUCAGAGAGAGGCUGAAAUAGCACUGACUACAGGCAAACUGUUCACGGUCGAAGAGGCAUUGAAGGUGGGACUUAUAGACGAGGCGGCAAAAGACAAAGAUGACGCAAUAGAAAAGUGUAAAGGCUUUAUAGCGAAGUUUGACAACAUCCCGCCCAUGGCCCGAGCAGUGACUAAGCUAAAAUUUAGGGAUCCUUCAACACAGUGGCUCAAGAAUAACAAAAAAGCAGAUUUAGAUGAAUUCUUAAGUAAUAUAACAGACCCUAAGAUUCAAAAGUCGUUGGAAAUGUACAUUCAUAUGUUAAAAGCAAAACAGAACAAAUAAUACUACAUCACUUGUUACCGCCAAUAAAUUAUUUUACUUUUGACAGUUACUAUAACGCCUCGACAAAGAUACAUCCCGGUGGACGUAAUCUUAAAACUAGUUUUUUAUUGUUAAUGUUGUUUUAUUUUAAUACAGUGAAUAUUUGACAUAUGCAUUUUUUAAUCGGUGUAAUUUUAUAUCAGUAUAUUUAUAUACUUAUAAAUUGAUGACGUUUUAUUUAUGACAUUGUUACAUAUUGAAUAAAAAAUAAAUUUUAAAAUGUAUUUAUUAUGAAAUUUAUUAAGUAUAUACCUACACCAUACAAAAUUGGUUGACUUUUGCAGUAUGCAUAUGGCGUGUUAAAAUUAUCGAAAAUAGUCACGCUACCCAAUAAUAAUAAUAACUUUAUUUAUGACAAAAUGGUUGUGAUAGAGUUCCUAUAUCGAUAGUCCCCACACUAGGGAGGCCCUGUGUUGUGGGUAACUAGAAAACAAUUAUUACGUGGUACAUGUUUAAAUUAGUUAAAAAAAGAUGAUAAUUAAAAAUUAAAAAAAAAUAUAUAAUAAUAAAUACCCUGUAUAUUAUGUUAAUUUUUUGAGAUAGUUUGUUCUAAGCAAAUAUUGUUACGACAACUACGUUUUUUAAUAAUUGCAGUAAACUGAAUUAUAAAAGAUGGAUGGGGUUGGUGAAAGAAACUUAAAUAAAUGCAAUAAAAAUAA